UAGUUAUUCUUAGUCUUUAAUUAAAUUCCAUUAAAUUGUUACCAGAGAUCGUAAUAUUAAGAAAUGUCUGGAAAUCAAUACUUUCUGGGUUUGGAUCCAUUGAUUCCUGAAAAUCAGGAUCAACAACAAAUGGACUCUCAGAGAAAACAAUUAGAUCCAUCACUAUUAGAGCCAAACUAUGAAGGAAUUGGUUACGACACAGUCGCUAAUUGGCCCGACUAUUACCCGACUUGGAACAGAGCUGGUGAAGGACUCAUGAAACCAUGGCCUCGUCAGAUACAACAACAACAACCGCCAGACCCUGACUAUCAACACUAUUUGCAGAUUUUAGCAAAUCAUGGAAAUGGAUAUCUUAUAACAGACAAGAUAUCACUGGGAGAUACACGUCAUGACCACCACAUUAUGAAAGUAUGUAAAUUAGUUAACAAUGAGCCAACCGAUCAGUUCUUUGCGUGUAAAAUAGUUUCUUUAGCUCACUAUAGGGUAGAAUUGGAAACCAUUGAUAAGUCGGUGGAGGCGUUCCGUAAAGAGGCAUAUCUUCUGCUUCGUAUGAAUCACAAUAAUAUUAUCAAAGCGCUCGACUUCAUUGAGUUAUCCGAUCGACAAACAGGCUUUCCAUUCAAUUACUGUGCCUUCACUAUGGAGCUGAUGGACGGACAUCUAAAUAAGUUUAUGAAGUCAUUUGAAAAUUGGUGUUUACCAGAGUAUUAUUGCCGACUUUGGGUUCGCGACAUCUCUAAUGCAUUGUUUUAUAUGCAAACAACAUUCAAAGGUAAGUCAUAUACAGUGUCACAUAUGUCACUAAAUCCAACCAACAUUGUCUACAAAGUAUACAACAGUCCAUCCGAUAAAUUGAAUCCACAAUAUAUCUUCAAAUUAGUAGAUUUCGAGGAAUGCUUCAUCUAUGAGAACAAUGAACCCGAUUUACUACUAAUCAAUGAAUUGGAUGAAGUCUAUACACAAGCUAUGAGUGCGCCUGAAAUGGAUGACCCGUCGGAAAACACACGCACCCAUCCUAAUGAUAUGUAUAGUUUGGGCAAAACUCUAGAUUAUUCAUUUUGCGGUUCGGGAUUAUGGAGAACACAACGCUUUGAGGAACGGUAUGCCGAACACUGUAACCCACAACAGGCACAGUAUUUGAUGUAUGACUUCAUACGCAAACUAACUGUUGUUGAUCCUGAAGCUAGACUGACAGCAUUACAAGCAUUACAUCACCCAUGGCUUAACCCACCUGCUCAAGAUCACUUUAUGUAGGUUACCAUUUUGUCUCUUUAAAACUCAUUGAUUUAUCAGUCGAUUGUCCCGAAAC